CGGGCGGCGCGCCGCGCGCAGGGGCCCCGCACACCCGCGACCGCGCGCAGCCGUGGCUGCUGCUGAGUGGCGGGGGCCCCCCCGCUCCCCCCGGCCCUUGAAGGCGGAGAGAGCUCGCGUCUCGCUCGGCUUCAGGGUAAGUCCAGCUGUGAGCAGAGUGUUCUGUUCUUCACUUCCAGCAAGCCAGAUUUGUGGCUCUCAUUUUCUUCCAGACACUGUUCCUAAGUAGCUAAUGUGUUUUCUACAUGGAACUUUGUAUCUCAAAGCCACUAUUUCCAGCCAGAUAGCUAAGAAAUAUUUCCGGAGAAUAUUUUUGCCAGUAGAAAAUUUUUGCUUUCAAUUUCGAAACAUGAGACUUUCCUACCUUCAUUUCAAUUCACUGUAGUAUUGAGUAUUUGAGAACUCUUCUAUCCAUAGGCCAACCUAUGUUGCAGUUGAUUAAGGGGUGCAGCUCCCAUAUAAAUGCUGGCAGAGUUUUAUAAAUGGACGCUGACAUGGACUACGAAAGACCCAACGUUGAAACUAUCAAGUGUGUGGUCGUGGGUGACAAUGCCGUGGGGAAGACACGCUUGAUCUGUGCCAGGGCGUGCAACACCACACUCACGCAGUAUCAGCUGCUGGCCACCCACGUGCCAACCGUGUGGGCGAUUGACCAGUACCGCGUGUGCCAGGAGGUCUUGGAGCGUUCUCGGGAUGUUGUUGAUGAAGUGAGUGUUUCUCUCAGGCUUUGGGAUACUUUUGGUGAUCAUCACAAAGACAGACGCUUUGCAUAUGGCAGGUCUGAUGUUGUGGUCCUCUGUUUUUCGAUCGCUAAUCCCAAUUCCCUAAAUCAUGUGAAAAGCAUGUGGUAUCCAGAAAUCAAGCACUUUUGCCCUCGAACACCCGUUAUCCUUGUUGGAUGCCAGCUUGAUCUCCGCUAUGCCGACCUGGAAGCUGUUAAUAGAGCCAGGCGCCCGUUAGCAAGGCCCAUAAAGAGAGGGGAUAUUUUGCCCCCAGAAAAAGGCCGAGAGGUAGCAAAGGAACUUGGCUUACCAUACUAUGAAACAAGCGUGUUUGACCAGUUUGGUAUCAAGGAUGUGUUUGACAAUGCAAUCCGAGCAGCGCUGAUUUCCCGCAGGCACCUGCAAUUCUGGAAAUCCCACCUAAAGAAAGUCCAGAAACCUUUACUUCAGGCACCCUUCCUACCUCCAAAAGCCCCUCCACCGGUCAUCAAAAUUCCAGAGUGUCCUUCCAUGGGGACAAAUGAAGCUGCCUGUUUACUGGACAAUCCUCUCUGUGCCGAUGUUCUGUUCAUCCUUCAGGACCAGGAACACAUCUUUGCACAUCGAAUUUACCUCGCUACCUCUUCUUCCAAAUUUUAUGAUCUGUUUUUAAUGGAAUGUGAAGAAUCCCCAAAUUGGAGUGAAGGAGCUUGUGAGAAAGAGAAGCAGAGCAGAGAUUUCCAGGGGCGGAUAUUGAGUGUCGACCCAGAGGAAGAAAGGGAGGAGGGCCCGCCUAGGACACCUCAGGCCGAGCAGUGGAAGUCUUCAAACAAGAGCCUGGUGGAGGCUCUGGGGCUGGAAGCCGAGGAUGCAGUUCCUGAGACACAGACUUUGGCCGGCUGGACUAAGGGGUUCAUUGGCAUGCACAGGGAAAUGCAAGUCAACCCCAUUUCAAAGCGGGUGGGCCCCGUGACUGUGGUCAGAAUGGAUGCUUCAGUUCAGCCAGGCCCUUUUAGGACCCUGCUCCAGUUUCUUUAUACGGGACAACUGGAUGAAAAGGAAAAGGAUUUGGUGGGCCUGGCUCAGAUCGCGGAGGUCCUAGAGAUGUUCGAUUUGAGGAUGAUGGUGGAAAACAUCAUGAACAAGGAAGCCUUCAUGAACCAGGAGAUUACGAAAGCCUUUCACGUCAGGAAAGCCAAUCGGAUAAAAGAGUGUCUCAGCAAGGGAACGUUCUCAGACGUGACAUUUAAAUUGGACGAUGGAGCCAUCAGUGCCCACAAGCCACUGCUGAUCUGUAGCUGUGAGUGGAUGGCAGCCAUGUUCGGGGGGUCAUUUGUGGAAAGUGCCAACAGUGAGGUGUAUCUCCCGAACAUAAACAAGAUAUCAAUGCAAGCAGUAUUGGAUUAUCUCUAUACCAAGCAGUUGUCUCCUAACUUGGACCUGGACCCGCUGGAAUUAAUUGCCUUGGCAAACAGAUUUUGUCUGCCACACUUGGUUGCACUUGCAGAACAGCAUGCCGUUCAGGAGUUGACCAAAGCCGCCAUGAGUGGCGUGGGCAUUGACGGAGAAGUGCUCUCUUACUUGGAAUUGGCUCAGUUUCACAAUGCCCACCAGUUGGCCGCCUGGUGUUUGCACCACAUCUGCACCAACUACAACAGUGUAUGCUCCAAGUUCCGCAAGGAAAUCAAAUCGAAAUCUGCAGACAAUCAGGAAUACUUCGAGCGGCACCGCUGGCCCCCUGUGUGGUACCUGAAGGAAGAAGAUCACUACCAGCGUGUGAAAAGGGAACGAGAGAAGGAAGAUAUUGCACUAAAUAAGCAUCGCUCAAGACGAAAGUGGUGCUUCUGGAAUUCAUCUCCAGCAGUGGCCUGAAGAGGAAGAGAAAAAAAACAAAAAACAAAAACCAAUCAGUAAUCUGAUCCACUAUUUUUCAAAGCACUACUGUAAAAUUCGUCUUGUUAGAGAUACGACAUAGUUCAGGUUUCAGGCACUGACCUUCCUCCACUUUUGUGCAUUUAUCUUUGUUAGGAUCAAAGCACAAGCUCACCAUCAAUGAGCCUGGACAAAAAGGGAAGCUGACUCUCACUGCAUUCCUUAAACUGAUAUGUAUAUUUUUUUUGUUAGGAGGCUUAAUAAACUUUAGUCUGUUUUUUUGUUUCUUUUUAUACAAAGAAAAAAAAUCCAGCUUUCAUGUUUCUGAUUCCAAAUUGGAAAAUAUUUUUAUAUGGUCUGUUGUAUUUUGUUGAAAUGAGAAUACUGUGUAUUACUUUAUUUUACAGGCCACAAUUGACUAUGAAGUCACCCUGUGAUUCUCUUUGCCCACAUGACCACCGAGCAUUAUUACGUAAUUAGAGGGUUAUCCUUUCAUUGUGAAAGGAAGGAGGGGACUGAAAUCUCCCAAAGUGCAAAUUGGAGUGUGUUUAAUCUUUGUUCUGUUGAAUAACCUCGGUACAAUUACAAAGUCAACUCCAAGAAUGUGUAUUUACAAUAUUUGCCGUGUUAAGUGCUGGUAAUUAUAUGGUUAUAUGUGCCAUGUAAAAUAUAGUGAUAUCAAAUA